GUGGUGAUGCAAGAAGUUUCUAGGAAAGCACUACCAGAUCUAGAAAAAAUGGCUUGUGCAGCCGACAGCUGCAUCCAAUUCACGCGUCAUGCAAGUGAUGUUCUGCUCAACCUGAACCGACUGCGUAGCAGAGAUAUCCUCACAGAUGUCACGAUUCUGGUCAACAGACAGCAGUUUCGAGCACACAAAACAGUCCUUAUGGCAUGCAGUGGGCUCUUCUACUCUAUCUUUACCGAUUCACACAAAUGUAACCUGAACGCCAUCAGUCUGGACCCGAAGGUCGACCCAGAGGGUUUCGCAAUCCUUUUGGAGUUCAUGUACACUUCACGUCUCGCACUGAAGGAGAGCCUCAUCAUGGCCAUCAUGAACACGGCCAUCUACUUGCAGAUGGACCACGUUGUUGACACGUGCCACAGAUUCAUAAAGUCCAGCGAUUCCUCCAUCAAACUUCCCAGAGAGGACUUUCUGGUCAGCCCCCUGCUUUUACCUCAAGACAUUCACAGUUACAGACCCCAUGAGGUUAUGGAUAAUGUGUCAGGACGAUCAGCAACUUUCAGAGACGGGAGACCUUAUGGUGUCUGCAUGUUUAAUGGGGUCAAUGCUCCUAACAACUCGUACCUUUAUGGCCAGUUUCCCAUGCAAGGCUUCCCCUUUCCUCUUUGCAAGCUGACAGACACUAAAAACACUUUCUCAGACUUCUCAAAGGGAGGCAUCAUUCAUCACAAACACUGCUCGCCGAGUGACGGUAACAACCCAGUGCUGAAUGACUUCACCCGCAGUGCUACCAGUGGGAGCUCAGCUGUUUGCCACACCGGGUCAUACUCCUCCAGGGAGCUGGGAAGAGAUGAAGAUAUGAAGAGGGAGACGUUGGAGGGCGUUGUCCAUUCGAUCGGGAUGAGCUCCAGGAAGCACGGCUUCAUUAGCCUGGCUCAGGAGCAGCAGAGGGAGAGUGGGAAAGAGCAGAGUUCCCUAGCAGAGGAACAUUUGAGCCACCAACACUACUCCAUGGGUAUAUCCUCUAAUGGGCGCAAAACCUUGAUGAGCAGUCCCCAGAGCCCCCUCAAAUCAGACUGCCAGCCCAACUCUCCAACGGAAUCAAGCAGCAGCAAAAAUGCUGCUCUCGCACAGGCCUUGCAACCUCCAACUUCUCAAGGUACAUCAGAUCCUAAAGCUCGCAACUGGAAGAAAUACAAGUUCAUUGUGCUCAAUCAGAGCUCCAAGGAGGAGGAGACCAAUCCUCCUGACCCUGGAAUGCACUCCCCACAGAGGCCGGGAUUGUCUGCUUUCCUUCACCAUGUUGACUCAGAACAUCCUGACUCAAAAGUGACAACAAAGAUUAGCGAGCAGGGCGAAGACUUCCCUGCGCCUCAGGCCAGUCGUCUCAACAACAUCAUCAACAGAAGUCUGGAGGGAUCUCAGAGGAACGUCGACAGCCACUCUUCUCUCUAUAUGAACCAUUUGAAAUGCUCAUCCUGUGGCUCCCAGUCUCCACAGCACUCUGACGUCUGUCCCAACACAUCCGCCUCGCGUCUGGCUGAGGAGAUGUCCGAGAUGCACUCCGAGUAUUCUGAUUCCAGUUGUGAAAAUGGAACAUACUUCUGUAAUGAAUGCGACUCCAAGUUUGCAGAGGAGGAAGCCUUGAAACGCCACACGCUUCAGGUCCACAGCGACAAGCCAUACAAAUGUGACCGUUGCCAAGCAGCAUUCCGCUACAAGGGAAACCUUGCCAGUCACAAAACAGUUCACACCGGAGAGAAACCGUAUAGAUGCAAUAUCUGCGGGGCCCAGUUCAACAGACCCGCUAACCUCAAAACCCACACGCGAAUUCACUCAGGAGAAAAGCCAUACAAGUGCGAGACAUGCGGCGCUAGAUUCGUGCAGGUUGCUCACCUUCGGGCUCAUGUUCUGAUUCAUACCGGAGAGAAGCCAUAUCCAUGCGAGAUCUGUGGUACUCGUUUCCGCCAUUUGCAGACGCUGAAAAGUCACCUGCGGAUACACACAGGAGAAAAGCCCUAUCAUUGCGAGAAAUGCAACUUGCAUUUUCGCCACAAGAGUCAGCUGCGGUUACACCUCCGACAGAAACAUGGUGCCAUCACCAAUACCAAGAUCCAAUAUCGCAUGUCCUCGACAGAACUACCAACCGACCUGACAAAGGCAUGCUGAGCAGGCACUUAUGGGAAGACCUGACCAUGGCAUUAUAUGACCUGACUUGUACAAUCAUUCAAAAUUUUAGUGCCACACUGUGUCAAUCGGACAAGGA